AUGGACGACACAAAGACUCCAUUGUUAGCAGACCAGGAGGACCACUCUUACUCAUCAAUCGGCGGUUCUGCCACCAUUAACCCGGACAGGAAGUCUUCAGAAUCGUCUAUAGACAUACACACCUCGGCAUCUCAGGAGGCUGGGAACGUUACACAAGACGAUGUUAAUGUUAAACUGUAUAAGAGGCGAUGGUAUAUGUUAGUUGUAUUUUCUCUGAUGUCGGGGACUCAGUCUUUUGUAUGGAAUACCUGGUCGCCCAUAUCAACUUCCAGUGAAGUAGCGUUUGGAUGGAAUGACGGGGUUAUCUCCCUUAUGGCCAACUGGGGGCCUAUAACUUACUUUAUUGGGAUGCCAAUAUUCGCCUGGAUGCUGGAUAUGAAAGGUUUGAGGGUAUCAUCUCUUCUGAGCAUGUUCUUGAUAGCAGCCGGAUGCGGAAUACGAUGUAUAACCACCACCCCACCAUGGGUCACGUGGACAAUGCACAUUGGUCAGUUUCUGAACGGUCUUGGUGGGCCGGUUGGGACAGGCGGACCCCCCUCCAUGUCGGCCGCGUGGUUUCCGCCCAACGAGAGGACCACAGCCACGGCCUUAGCCACAGUCAUCAAGUUCCUCAUGUUUGAAGAAUUUCAACUCGGAAAUGGCUGCAUCAACGACACCAAUGUCACUGUGCCGAGUGUAGCGAAACUGAGAGAAGACAUAAUGUUCCUCAUGUAUAUAGAAUGUGCCUGGUCCGUUGGCUUGUUUCUGCUGAUGUUGCUGUAUUUCCCCAACAAGCCCCCAAACCCCCCUUGUGUGUCGGCGUCGGUCAAGAGAGAGAGCUUCAAAGAGGGACUGAAAGAUCUGUUAAGGAGGUAUCAGUUCUGGGUGCUCGCCCUGGUGUUCGGCUUGGCCGGAGGGGGUAGUACCGCGUGGACAGGGGUGCUGAAGGUCAACAUGAAACCUACCGGCAUCAGUCAGGACCAGGCGGGCUGGAUCGGCUUCUACACCUUCUUUGCCAGUUGUGCCGCCAUGAUGAUAGUAGCCAGGCUGGUUGAUGUAUUCUCCCGCUACAUGAAGUGGUUCAUCAGUGCGGUGUACUUCAUCGCGGCAUCAUUCUUUGCCUGGUUUGCCGUCAUAUGCACUGGACUGCUGCCGGCCACCUUACCUGUGUUAUACGUGAGCGUGAUAACGGGUCAGACAGCUCUCACGACGGCUAUUCCAAUCAUCUUUGAGAUGGGCUGCGAACUCACCUAUCCUAUCGGAGAGGGCACUACCAAUGGUGCCAUGACACUCAUGAACAGCGCUGGAGCUCUGGUCUUUUUGUUGGUGCUUAUGAUUCCAAAUAUUGGUACGGUGUGGAUGAAUUGGACUCUGGUUGGCGCCGUAAGCCUCUCAAUACCGUUGUUGUUGAUGUUAAGAGAGAAACACCAUCGACUGGAUGUGGAUGAGACAAGACCAGGACUCACCACGAACUGAUGUGCAGUACCAGCUGGUUCCUUGGAUGUACGGGAUGGGCUGGUCAUACAUCCUUGUCUCCUUUGUUGCUUAUGCAUUUUCACAACGGAGAGGAUUAAACAGGACUGAGAAAACGUCUACUGGUUCAGUGAAUUUUUAAGGCUAGAAUUAUCUUUGCAACGUUAGUCAUGCGUUGUUGUUUCUUGAGACUGGUUUAAAAGCAAAGGCAUUUUUUAUUAUUAAACAAUGGAAUUUAGGGAAAAUAGCAUAUUACACCAACGAACCCAGCCGUGCAUCCCAUGCAUAUUAACAAACAUACCUUCCAAUGCCCUGACUUCAGGGUUAACCUAGGGUUGACGUCGUUCAUGAUGUAUUACAUCCUCGAUCAAGAUGCUAAAAGUAUUU